AUGAGUGCCAACAUCGCCAUUACCGGUGUUCCCACCACCCCGGGCUCCAACGGAUCUGUCCCGCUCCGCCGCGAGAUCCGCGAGCUGCAGCAGACGUUCCCGGACCAGUUCAACCUCUACAUCCUCGGGCUGCAGGGCCUGCAGGGCCUCGACGAGUCGCAGUUGACGUCCUACUACCAGAUCGCCGGCAUCCAUGGCAUGCCCUUCAAGCCGUGGGACGGUGUGGGCAGCGACUCGGACUGGGAAGAGUCGAGCGGGUUCGGCGGGUACUGCACUCACUCGUCCAUCCUGUUCACCACCUGGCACCGCCCGUAUAUCGCCCUGUAUGAGCAAUCGCUGUACAAGUCUGUCCAAGCCGUGGCCGCCAAGUUUCCUGCCGGCGCCCUGCGGGACAGGUAUGUGGCCGCCGCCAAGGACUUCCGGGCGCCCUACUUUGACUGGGCCAGCCAGCCGCCGGCCGGGACGUCGGCGUUCCCGAGCGUGCUCAGCUCGUCGACCAUCCGCGUCGUGGACGUCGAUGGCAAGACCAAGUCGGUCGGCAACCCGCUGUACCAGUUCAACUUCCACCCGGUGAACCCGUCGCGCGGAGACUUUAGCUCGCAGUGGAGCAAAUACCCGACGACAGUGCGGUACCCGAACCGGGUGACGGGGCAGUCGCAGGACGCGCGCAUCGCGCCGAUCCUGAGCAACGAGCUGGCGUCGCUGCGCAGCAACGUGGGGCUGCUGCUGCUGUCGUACAAGAACUUUGACGCCUUCAGCUUCAACCAGUGGGACACGAGCACGAGCCCGGGCGAGUACGGCAGCCUCGAGGACGUGCACAACGAGAUCCACGACCGCGUCGGCGGCGGCGGCCACAUGUCGUCGCUCGAGGUGUCGGCGUUUGACCCCUUUUUCUGGCUGCACCACAUCAACGUCGACCGCCUGUGGGCCAUCUGGCAAGACCUCAACCCUUCGAGCUUCAUGUCGCCGCGGCCGGCACCGUACUCGACGUUUGGGGUGACGCAGGGGGCGACGCAAGACGAAAACACGGCGCUGACGCCGUUCUGGGACAAGACGGGCCGGGCGUUCUGGACGUCGGCGCAGAUCAAGGACACGGCGUCCACGUUCGGCUACGCGUACGCUGAGACGCAGAAGUGGCAAUACACCACUGGCGCUGCGUACCAGGCCGCGCUGCGCCAGGCCGUCACCAAGCUUUAUGGUACUAACGUGUUUGCUAAUUUCGUCGCCCACGUCACCCAGCGUCGCACGGAGGAUGUCCACGCGCCUGCGGUGAACGUCGCGGAGAUUGCGCCGUCAGCCUCGGCCUCGCCGUCGCCGCCUGCCGCUAGCGAGCCCGAAACCCCGGGUCAAGCCCAGAAGCUGCUCGGCCCGAUCCCCGCCUCACUAAAGCACCUCGCCCCAAACAACAAAUACACGGAAUGGGUGGUCAACGUGCGAGCGGAGAAGCACGGGCUGGGGCAGCCGUUCCGCGUGUUGGUCUUCCUCGGCACAUUCGCCGCAGACCCCGACGCGUGGGACGGCGAGUUCAACUGCGUGGGGCGGGUAUCCGUGCUGGGGCGCAACGACACCACAACGCAGUGCGCGCGGUGCCGGGCGGACGGAGCAGCAAGGCUGAUGGUGUCGGGGACGGUGCCGCUGACGUCGGCGCUGCUGCAGGACAUUGCCGAGGGCGAGCUGGCGGACCUGACGCCGGCGAGCGUGGUGCCGCACCUGCAGAGACAGCUGCAGUGGCGCGUGGCGCUGUUCAGCGGCGACGAGCAGCAGGCUGCUGACGUCCCCGGGCUCAAGGUCAGCGUGGCGUCGACUGAGGUCACCAUCGGCGCCGAUGACGGCCUGCCCGUGUACUCGGGCCACUACGCCGUGUACCCCGAGAUCACCGCCGGCAAGCCGGCCGGCCUGCGCGAGGGCGAGCAGGCUUAG